AUGAGAGGAUAUGGGGAGCUUUUAAGGGGUUCCGGUGAACAUCGGACAUGUAAUCAACUUGAGUACCCUCUUCACAGAUACUUCACGAAUUAUGAAUCCAUGCUACCUACUUCUCGACAGAAUUUGACUUUAAGAUACUCUUCAACGCCUUCCGUGCCUACUUACUCCCUUUCUAGUCUGAGAUAUAGUGAUAAGGACUCUUUCGGCGUGUAA